AAUCUGUCAAAUUUUGUAUUCAUACAACAGCUGAUUGUCACAACAAAUUAUCAACAAGAUUCAUUGUUAUAACUAUGUCGGACAAUUCAACCGUCGAUUUAGAGAACGGGCAUUAUUCCGACGACUCAAAUUCCCCAAUUUCCUCCUCGGAUAUAGAGGAUGAUUCAGAAACGGGGGAUAAAGGCGAAUUUGACACAGCAUUACCAACAACUCACAAAUAUUUGGGUAAGCUGGAUAAUGUUGGGGGUUACACAUUAUACGACGAUGGCGAAAUCAUCCAAGCAAUGCUGGCCAUUCACACAAACACUUUGGUUUUUCCUGGGUUUACACUCCCUUUGGUAAUUCGUGAAUAUGAAACGGAUCACAUCAUGGAUGAUAUCAAAAAUGGAUAUAUGUUUGCUUUGAUUUGUACUGAUGAAACAUCAACGAAACUCUCCGAUUACGGCGUAAUUAUGGAAGUCUUUGAAACGAGCGUAAAACGCGGCUCGAUUAAUUUAAAAGCGAAAGGACGACAAAGGUGCCAAAUUGUAGCAGGAACCGAAAUCCCAUUUAGAUCAAGGUUACGUAAAUUAACCGUGAAAGUCCUCCCGGAACCGUACAUUCACUCCCCGAUCAAUUCGACGCAGUUGCAAACAUUAAAAUCGCGCCGAACGGUUUUUAGCAAAGACUACAAAUCUUUGAUGAAAAAUUAUCGCUUCCGGAGAUAUCAUUUGAGCCAAUUUCCUUUUGCAUCGUGGGUUUACGAUUGGAACGAAUUAAGUUUUUAUGUUAAUGCGUUAACGGAGGGAUUAAAAAAGUAUUACUCGAAAGAGCAUUUGCCAGAAGACCCAAACAUCUUAUCGUAUUGGUUCGUUCAAAAUUACCAAUUAACUCAUAACGAGCGUUUACAAAUUUUAAAAUGCGCCUCGGUUUUGGAUCGAUUAAAAUUGGAGUUGAAAUUAAUGAAAAUGGCGCGGAUCUUAUCCUGCGGAAAAUGUAGGAUUGGAAUUGCUUUUCAACGGGAUAUCUUUGCGAUGUCCAAGGAUGGUAUUCAAAGUAAUUAUUGUAAUCCAGGUGGAAAUGUUUACGAAACUGUAACCGUAAUGGAAGCGACCAAUUUUACUUUGGUCGGGGAAUCAUCGAAACAAUUCAGUUGGUUUCCGGGGUACGCUUGGACGAUUAUGCAAUGCGCAGCUUGUCGCAGCCACUUAGGCUGGCAAUUUACCUCGAAAAACCAUCACCCGCAGCGGUUUUUUGGGCUCGCCCAUAGUUGUCUUGAUAUUAAAAUCGUUCCUAAAGCUUCUCUGAUAGAGUAAUAAAGUUCUAUUAGACUUCUAGAUUUAGAUGUUUAUCGGUUACACGAUUUUUUUUCGAACAAAGUUGGAGUUUUUCUUGUUGUUGAAUAAAAUAUGAUUUAAUGUUUAGGGUUAAAA